AUGGCAGAGAACUACGUCCUUCGUAUCACAGCUGGUGCUGAUUAUGAUCCGAGCCAACAUGUCGAGGUCCCAGUCAAUACAGCCAAGCCCAUCACCAUCAAGAGUGAGCGCGCUGACGUUGAGCUCAAUGUUCGGAUCAACGACUACAAGGGCCUGCCUCGCAACUCGCCGACCACUUCCCCUUACUUCUCUACGGAGCCUCACGCCUACAAUAAGGACCAGUACAGCAUCUCAUUCCGUUUCACGCCAAAGAAGUCCGCCGGGGACAAUGAUGGUGCUGGUAUCAAGGCCACAGACCUGCAGUUUGGUAAUGACUUUGAUCAUCCUAUUCGCGACCGUCUACCUCCAGGUUUCAACACCGCUAUGAGCAUUGUUCGAUGGUGGAUCGACCCUGGUCUGGAUGGCGAUGCCUACGCCGAUAAACCCUUUUUGUACGGUCCGGCGCUGAGCUCAUUCAACGCCAUCCAUGUCGGUAAAGGUGAAUUUGACGAAGAGAAGGGUGGUCUUUGGUUCGAAGAAGGUGGUGAUGAAGAUGGUCUCGAGGCUCGUGAAGAAGUUGGCGCGCCACUUACCAGCAAGGCUCGAAUGAAGUGGGCUCUAAGAGCGGAUAGCAAAGAGAAAUGGGUGUUUGAGUACAACCAGACGUACGGCUUCGACUUCUUCAACCCCUAUCUUAACUUUUCCGACCUCGCUCUGAACUUGCCUGGCUUCCAGCUGCCAAUUCUGAGGUACUGGGACGGUCAAGGUCUCAGAUACGUCUUGCGCAACAAGGAUACAGGAGAACCGUACCUUGUCAUCCUUUUCUCGCUGUACCACAAGGAUUACGUGAACGACGAUGGGUCCCUUAAGGAGGGUGCUCAAGAUUCCUUCAAGCAGCACGAUACGCAUGAUACGGAGGACGAUGGUCACUUUGAUGGAGAUGGGGCACUUGCGAAGGCGACUGAGCAGUUGGGACCUAAGACAGAUGAGAAGGGAAACACGCAAACGAGUGUCGAUGAUAUCGAUUGA